AAACAAUGGCGAUAGACCAGCCGGCCUUCUCUCUCCCUUCGAUUGUCAACUCCCGUUACCGUCUCUCUCAUGUCGUCUUCUCUCUUUCGCUUCUUCUUCCUCUUUCCAUUUUCACAAAUUGCCCUCCCACUUCCUCUCUAAUUCUCCUUCCACUCCUUCUACUCCCUCCUCUGACUUCCCCAACGACGCCGUUUCGGUCCUUCCACCUCCGCCUCCUCCUCUGCGUCUAGGUUUCCAGAUAUGUGGAAUUAUCUUUGGAUUCUCACACUUAUUUCGCUUUCCGAAGAACUCAGCUUAGCUAAAGCGGCUCAGUCGAAUAUUCUUCUUCCGAGUCAACUAAACGAUGACUUAUCGUCUCCGUUGUUCAGGUGCCUCGCACCGGACCCUAAGCUGAACUACAGGCCGGUGAUAGGAAUCCUGAGCCAUCCUGGUGAUGGUGCUUCCGGGAGGCUCAAUAAUGCGACAAACGCGUCGUAUAUCGCGGCGUCUUAUGUGAAAUUUGUUGAAUCGGCUGGUGCUCGUGUGAUUCCUCUUAUAUAUAACGAGCCACGGGAGAUUCUUUUCCAGAAGCUCAAUUUGGUCAAUGGAGUGCUCUUUACUGGUGGAUGGGCUAAAAGCGGUUUGUACUAUGACAUUGCUAAGGCAGUUUUUAAGAAAGCUUUAGCCAAGAACGAUGCAGGAUAUCAUUUUCCGUUGUAUGCUAUCUGCUUGGGUUUUGAACUUCUGACAAUGAUCAUUAGCAAGGACAAUAACAUUCUGGAAUCAUUUAACGCAGCAGAUCAGGCUUCUACUCUUCAAUUUAUGGAAAAUGUAAAUAUAGAGGGAACUGUGUUUCAAAGAUUUCCACCAGACUUGCUUAAAAAGAUGAGUACAGAUUGUCUCGUCAUGCAAAACCAUCUUUAUGGCAUCUCGCCAGAACGUUUUCAAGAGAACCAGGAUCUAUCUAGUUUCUUCAAGAUCUUGACUACUAGUGCAGAUGCCAAUAACAAGGUUUAUGUCUCGACUGUAGAAGCAAACAACUAUCCUGUGACUGCUUUCCAAUGGCAUCCAGAGAAAAAUGCUUUUGAAUGGGGCUCAUCUAUGAUUCCACACUCAGAGGAUGCCAUUCAAGUGACCCAACAUGUUGCAAACUUUUUAAUCAGUGAGGCUAGAAAGUCUUUAAACAGGCCACCUGCUUCUGAAGUGCUCGACAAUCUGAUUUACAAUUACAGUCCUACAUAUUGUGGGAAGGCUGGGAAGGGAUUUGAUGAAGUGUAUAUAUUUGAAGAACCAUAAAUUCCAGAUUUUUUGCAGGUGGAGCGUGUAGGCUAGCAUUGUGUAGGCUAGCACUGUAAAUUGGAAUGUAAAUUGUAUUUGUCAACUAAAGCGUUUAGCUUGUGGUGUUGUGCUUAAAUUUGGGUUACAACAAUUAGUAUUCAAAUGGGGGCAAACACUCCUCUAAAAGAAAAAGAUGUUGAGAUUAUUUCUGGGUUCAUUUCACAUUGUUACUAUUAAUUGUUAAUGUUGAUCAUUUUAACUUUUUUAUCAA